GAAUUCCGAAAGUUGUUGCAGUGUCAGAGCUGUGAAGACAACAUCACACGCCUUUUGAAAUUUGAAUAUACAAGUAAAUAGUUUGUUUCUCCUCAUCAAGUAAUAUAAAAUGGCUUACCCAGGAUAUGGUGCUCCAGGGUAUCCAGGUGGUCAACCAGAUCCUUUGUUUGGCUAUUUUGCUGCAGUUGCUGGACAGGAUCAACAAAUUGAUGCACAUGAAUUACAAAGAUGCUUGAUGUCAUCGGGGAUCUCAGGAAACUAUCAACAAUUCAGCUUGGAUACCUGCAGAAUUAUGAUUGCUAUGCUCAAUCGAGAUCGGGACGCUCGUAUGGGAUUUAGCGAAUUUAAAGAAUUAUGGAACGUUCUCUCUCACUGGAAGACAACUUUCAUGCAGUAUGACCGAGAUAGAUCAGGAACUGUAGAACCUCACGAGCUUCAAGCAGCGUUGACAAGUUGGGGUUACAACCUCUCUCCAACUGCUUUACAAAUCAUCGUGAACCGUUAUUCGACCAACCAUCGUAUAAGUUUUGAUGAUUUUGUCGCUUGCGCCGUACGACUCCGAAGUUUAACCGAACAUUUCCGUCGUCGCGAUACAGCGCAGCAAGGCGUGGCAACAUUUGGUUAUGACGAUUUCAUUCAAGUGUCGAUGUUCACCUAAACUCUAAAGUAUAACUUCAGUUUGCAAGGAAAUCGGGAGUGCAAUCAACAGUCAAUUUUUAAUUAUACCCAGGAUGCUGGGACAGUACUUUACAAGAUAUUUACACUGUUCAUUGUGAUAAAUUUUAUUUGAUUAAUAUUGUCACGUGUAGAUGUAUGAUGAUUAUCAGCCUAACUGUAAUUUCAACUUUGCCGUGCGGUAUAUAGCCUACAGGUAUAGCCCAAAGUGAGAUAAAUUAUUAUUUAGCAUUAGUAGCUUAACUUUAAAGAAUUGUAUCUUGAUGUUUUAAUACAAUAUGAAAUUAUUGCUUU